UUCUGCUGCGAGCUUUAUAUUUCCGGGGCUGCUUCAGGAAUGUAAACUAUUCAACAUGGAGACAGUUGAUAAGCUGGAGGCGAUGUUCCAGAAAGCAGAAGCUGAUAUAGAAUAUGUGGAAAAGCGACUGAAGUUUGACUUCAUGGCCAAUGCGCGUGAAGCGGGCACGUUUGAGGGAAACCCUGUUCAGUUGUUGGAGAACUUGUCAGCGAUCAAAGCACGGCAUGCGGCACUGUGCGCACAGGUGGAGGAGAUUGCAGCGGAACAAAAACGAUCCAUGGACUCGAUACGAGCUCACCUGGACACUACAGUGCAGCUGGUUCAACAGCUGCAGAACACAGCAGAUGUGCAGGUUCCGCCACUGACAGAAGAAGAACAAGAAGCAAGAGAUGUUCUCUGUUCAUCUGUUGCCGCAUUAAAUGUAGAGGCCGUGCCUACAGAACAACCUCAAACUCAAGCGCAGUCUGAAUCACAAAAUAUGCAUGAAGAGGUGUCUGAGGGGACAUUUGAGACUGUCCCGCGGAGUGUACGUGGUAACUUGAAGCUGAAUGACCUCAACACACUCUAUAAGCAGUUAUCCGAGUACUUCUCAGACAAGAACAGAGGGCCAAUAAGCACUCAGAGGAUGAAGAAGCUGAACAUGAAAGUCAGUGAUUCAGCACUGAAGACCCUACAGCACCUUAAACUCGUUGAGCUGGAUAAAAAAGGACUUGUGUCAUUACUUGCAAGAGACUGAGCGCACAAAAUAGAUGCACAAACCCCACAAAAACAUGUAAAUCCACCAGUUCCUUCAACCUGUGUACUGAAGUAAAACCCUUCUUACACUUUUAGUAGAUCAACAGUUUAGAACAGGAAGAUGGUGGACUAGAAAACAUUUCAUAAACAUUGCGUCCACAAAGUUCAGUAUAUUUGUUGAUCAGGAUUGCAUACAUUUAAAAGAAAGUCAUUUUAUCAGAAGUUCUACUUCCUCUGCAUAAAGUUAUGCAGCCCUUAUUAAAUUAUAUCAUGACCUGUUGUGGAAUCAGUAGAUUUGUAUAAGAAAGAAACUGUACAGCAUAAGAGUUUAUAUUUUUUGUAAAGUGAAACAGGUGACAGAUCUAAGACAAACAGAGGAGAUUGUAUAUGAAUGUUAAGAUUCAGUGUAUUCACCUUUUUUAGGUUACUGUUGUAAUUAUUUUGAGUAUGCAAUAAAAUGUCUUUUUUAUA